UGAUACUGCUGCGGUUAGACUGUAGUCAUGACUGAUACUGCUGUGGUUAGACUGUAGUCAUUACUGAUACUUGCUGUGGUUAGACUGUAGUCAUUACUGAUACUGCUGUGGUUAGUACUGUAGUCAUGACUGGUACUGAUGUGGUUAGACUGUAGUCAUUACUGAUACUGCUGUGGUUAGACUGUAGUCAUUACUGAUACUGCUGUGGUUAGACUGUAGUCAUUACUGAUACUGCUGCGGUUAGACUGUAGUCAUGACUGAUACUGCUGUGGUUAGACUGUAGUCAUUACUGAUACUGCUGUGGUUAGACUGUAGUCAUUACUGAUACUGCUGUGGUUAGACUGUAGUCAUGACUGGUACUGCUGUGGUUAGACUGUAGUCAUUACUGAUACUGCUGUGGUUAGACUGUAGUCAUUACUGAUACUGCUGUGGUUAGACUGUAGUCAUUACUGAUACUGCUGUAGUUAGACUGUAGUCAUUACUGAUACUGCUGUGGUUAGACUGUAGUCAUUACUGAUACUGCUGUUGGUUAGACUGUAGUCAUUACUGGUACUUGCUGUGGUUAUAGACUGUAGUCUUACUGAUACUGCUGUGGUUAGGACUGUAGUCAUGACUGAUACUGCUGCGGUUAGACUGUAGUCAUUACUGAUACUGCUGUGGUUAGACUGUAGUCAUACUGAUACUGCUGUGGUUAGACUGUAGUCAUUACUGAUCUGCUGUGGUUAGACUGUAGUCAUUACUGGUACUGCUGUGGUUAGACUGUAGUCAUGACUGGUACUGCUGUGGUUAGACUGUAGUCAUUAUGAUACUGCUGUGGUAGACUGUAGCAUACUGAUACUGCUGCGGUUGGGACUGUAGUCAUGACUGAUACUGCUGUGGGUUAGACUGUAGUCAUUACUGAUACUGCUGUGGUUAGACUGUAGUCAUUACUGAUACUGCGUGGUUAGACUGUAGUCAUGACGGGUACUGCUGUGGUUAGACUGUAGUCAUUACUGAUAUGCUGUGGUUAGAAGUAGUCAUUACUGAUACUGCUGGGGUUGACAGUAUACGAUACUGCUGUGGUUAGACGGUAGUCAUUACUGAUACGGCUGUGGUUAGACUGUAGUCAUUACUGAUACUGCUGUGGUUAGACUGUAGUCAUUACGGGUACUGCUGUGGUUGACUGUAGUAUUACGAUACUGCUGUGGUUAGACUGUAGUCAUGACUGAUAACUGCUGGGGUUAGACUGUAGUCAUUACUGAUACUGCUGUGGUUAGACUGUAGUCAUUUACUUGAUGACUGCUGUGGUUAGACUGUAGUCAUUACUGAUACUGCUGGUGGUUAGACUGUAGUCAUUACUGAUACUGCUGUGGUUAGACUGUAGUCGGUGACUGGUACUGGCUGUGGUUAGACUGUAGUCAUUACUGGUACUGCUGUGGUUAGACUGUAGUUCAUUACUGAUACUGCUGUGGUUAGACUGUAGUCAUUACUGGUACUGCUGUGGUUAGACUGUAGUCGUGACUGAUACUGCUGUGGUUAGACUGUAGUCAUUACUGAUACUGCUGUGGUUAGACUGUAGUCAUUACUGAUACUGCUGUGGUUAGACUGUAGUCGUGACUGAUACUGCUGUGGUUAGACUGUAGUCGUGACUGAUACUGCUGUGGUUAGACUGUAGUCAUUACUGAUACUGCUGUGGUUAGACUGUAGUCAUUACUGAUACUGCUGUGGUUAGACUGUAGUCAUUACUGAUAUGCUGUGGUUAGACUGUAGUCUUUACUGAUACUGCUGGCGGUUAGACUGUAGUCUGACUGAUAUUGUUUGGGGGUUAGACUGUAGUCAUUACAUAUAUUUGCUGUGGUUAGACUUGUAGUCAUGACGGUACUGCUGUGGUUAGAUUUGUAGUCAUUACUGGUAUGCUGUGGUUAGACGUAGUCAUGACUGUUACUGCUGGGGUUUUAGACUGUAGUCAUUAAUAUACUGCUGUGGUUAGGACUGUAGUCAUGACUGGGUACUGCUGUGGUUAGACUGUAGUCAUUACUGGUACUGCUGUGGUUAGACUGUAGUCAUACGGGUAUUUGCUGUGGUGACUGUGUCGUGAGGGUACUGCUGUGGUUAGACUGUAGUCAUUACUAAAUAUGCUGUGGUUAGACUGUAGUCAUUACCGAUAUGCUGUGGUUAGUUGUUUAUUACUGAUAUUGCUGGGGUUAGAUUUGUAGUUAUUACGGUACUUGUGUGUUAGACUGUAGUCAUUAUGUAAUGCUGUGGUUAGACGUAGUCUUUACUGGUACUGCUGUGGUUAGACUGUAUUUCGUGACGGGGUAUGCUGGGGUUUUUAGACUGUAGUCAUACUGAUACUGCUGUGGUUAGACUGUAGUCAUUACUGAUACUGCUGUGGUUAGACUGUAGUCAUGACUGAUACUGCUGGGGUUAGACUGUAGUCAUAUGAUACUGCUGGGUUAGAUGUAGUCAUUACUGAUAUUAUGUGGUUAAAACUGUAGUCAUUACUGAUACGCUGUGGUUGGGACUGUAGUCUUUGACUGGUACUGCUGUGGUUAGACUGAGUCAUUACAUAUACUGCGUGGUUAGACUGUAGUCAUUACUAUACUGCUGUGGUUAGACUGUAGUCAUAUGGUACGGGCUGUGGUUAGACUGUAGUCAUGACUGAUAUUUGCUGGGUUAGACUGUGUCAUACUGUACUGCGGUUAAUGUAUCAUUACUAUACUGCUGGGGUUAGACGUAGUCAUGAUGAUACUGUGGGGUUUUAGACUGUAGUCUUUACUGAUACUGCUGUGGUUAGACUGUAGUCAUUAUGAUACUGCUGUGGUUUAGACUGUAGUCAUUACUAAUACUGCUGUGGUUUGACUGUUAUCAUACUGUACUGCUGUGGUUAGACUGUAGUCUUUACUGUACUGCUGGGGGUUUAGACUGUAGUCAUUACUGGUACUGUGGGGUUUUAGACUGUAGUCGUACUGGGAAACUGGUGUGGUUAGACUGUAGUCAUGACUGAUACUGCUGGGUUAGACUGUAGUCAUUACGAUACUGCUGUGGUUAGACUGUAGUCAUUACUGAUACUGCUGUGGUCAGACUGUAGUCAUUACUGAUAUGCUGUGGUUAGACGUAGUCAUUACUGGUACUGCUGUGGUUAGACUGUAGUCGUGGACGGGUACUGCUGUGGUUAGACUGUAUUUCAUUACUGGUACUGCUGUGGUUAGACUGUAGUCUUUACUGAUACUGCUGUGGUUAGACUGUAGUCUUUAAUGUACUGCUGCGGUUAGACUAUAGUCAUGACUGAUACUGCUGCGGGUUAGACUGUAGUCAUUACUGGUACUGCUGUGGUUAGACUGUAGUCCAUUCUGAUACUUGCUGUGGUUAGGACUGUAGUCAUUACUGAUACUGCUGUGGUUAGACUGUAGUCAUUACUGAUUACUGCUUUGGUUAGACUGUAGUCGUGACUGGUACUGCUGUGGUUAGACUGUAGUCGUGACUGGUACUGCUGUGGUUAGACUGUAGUCAUUACUGAUACUGCUGUGGUUAGACUGUAGUCAUUACUGAUACUGCUGUGGUUAGACUGUAGUCAUUACUGAUACUGCUGUGGUUAGACUGUAGUCAUUACUAAUACUGCUGUGGUUAGACUGUAGUCAUUACUGAUACUGCUGUGGUUAGACUGUAGUCAUUACUGAUAACUGCUGUGGUUAGACUGUAGUCAUUACUGGUACUGGCUGUGGUUAGACUGUAGUCAUGACUGGUACUGCUGUGGUUAGACUGUAGUCAUUACUGGUACUGCUGUGGUUAGACUGUAGUCAUUACUGAUACUGCUGUGGUUAGACUGUAGUCAUUACUGAUACUGCUGUGGUUAGACUGUAGUCAUUACUGAUACUGCUGCGGUUAGACUGUAGUCAUGACUGAUACUGCUGUGGUUAGACUGUAGUCAUUACUGAUUACUGCUGUGGUUAGACUGUAGUCAUUACUGAUACUGCUGUGGUUAGACUGUAGUUCAUUAUGAUACUGCGUGGUUAGACUGUAGUCAUUACUGGUACUGCUGUGGUUAGACUGUAGUCAUUACUGAUACUGCUGUGGUUAGACUGUAGUCAUUAUGAUACUGCUGUGGUUUAGGACUGUAGUCAUUGACUGAUACUGCUGUGGUUUAGACUGUAGUCUUACUGGUACUGCUGUGGUUAGACUGUAGUCAUUAAUGAUACUGCUGUGGUUAGACUGUAGUCAUUACUGGUACUGCUGUGUUAGACUUAGUCAUUACUGAUACUGCUGUGGUUAGGACUGUAGUCAUUACUGAUUACUGCUGUGGUUAGACUGUAGUCGUUGACUGGUUACUGCUGUGGUUAGACUGUAGUCUUAUGAGUACUGCUGUGGUUAGACUGUAGUCAUUACUGAUACUGUGUGGUUAGACUGUAGUCAUUACUGAUACUGCUGUGGUUAGACUGUAGUCAUUACUGUACUGCUGUGGUUAGACUGUAGUCAUUACUGGAUACUGCUGUGGUUAGACUGUAGUCAUUACUGAUACUGCUGUGGUUAGACUGUAGUCAUUACUGAUACUGCUGUGGUUAGACUGUAGUCAUUACUGAUACUGCUGUGGUUAGACUGCUAGUCAUUACUGAUACUGCUGUGGUUAGACUUGUAGUCAUUACUGAUACUGCUGUGGUUAGACUGUAGUCAUUACUGAUACUGCUGUGGUUAGACUGUAGUCGUUGGGAACCUGCUACUGCUGUGGUUAGACCUGGUAGUCAUUACUGAUACUGCUGUGGUUAGACUGUAGUCAUUACUGAUACUGCUGUGGUUAGACUGUAGUCAUUACUGAUACUGCUGUGGUUAGACUGUAGUCAUUACUGGUACUGCUGUGGUUAGACUGUAGUCAUUACUGAUACUGCUGUGGUUAGACUGUAGUCAUUACUGAUACUGCUGUGGUUAGACUGUAGUCAUUACUGGUACUGCUGUGGUUAGACUGUAGUCAUUACUGGAUACUGCUGUGGUUAGACUGUAGUCAUUACUGAUACUGCUGUGGUUAGACUGUAGUCAUUACUGAUACUGCUGUGGUUAGACUGUAGUCAUUACUGAUACUGCUGUGGUUAGACUGUAGUCAUUACUGAUACUGCUGUGGUUAGACUGUAGUCAUUACUGAUACUGCUGUGGUUAGACUGUAGUCAUUACUGAUACUGCUGUGGUUAGACUGUAGUCAUUACUGAUACUGCUGUGGUUAGACUGUAGUCAUGACUGGUACUGCUGUGGUUAGACUGUAGUCAUUACUGAUACUGCUGUGGUUAGACUGUAGUCAUUACUGAUACUGCUGUGGUUAGACUGUAGUCAUUACUGAUACUGCUGUGGGUUAGACUGUAGUCAUUACUGAUACUGCUGUGGUUAGACUGUAGUCAUUACUAAUACUGCUGUGGUUAGACUGUAGUCAUUACUGAUACUGCUGUGGUUAGACUGUAGUCAUUACUGAUACUGCUGUGGUUAGACUGUAGUCAUUACUGGUACUGCUGUGGUUAGACUGUAGUCGUGACUGGUACUGCUGUGGUUAGACUGUAGUCAUGACUGAUACUGCUGUGGUUAGACUGUAGUCAUGACUGAUACUGCUGUGGUUAGACUGUAGUCAUUACUGAUACUGCUGUGGUUAGACUGUAGUCAUUACUGAUACUGCUGUGGUUAGACUGUAGUCAUUACUGGUACUGCUGUGGUUAGACUGUAGUCGUGACUGGUACUGCUGUGGUUAGACUGUAGUCAUUACUGGUACUGCUGUGGUUAGACUGUAGUCAUUACUGAUACUGCUGUGGUUAGACUGUAGUCAUUACUGAUACUGCUGCGGUUAGACUGUAGUCAUGACUGAUACUGCUGCGGUUAGACUGUAGUCAUUAAUGUGUGUUAGACUGUAGUCAUUACUGAUACUGCUGUGGUUAGACUGUAGUCAUUACUGAUACUGCUGUGGUUAGACUGUAGUCAUUACUGGAUUACUGCUGUGGUUAGGACUGUAGUAGUGACUGGUACUGCUGUGGUUAGACUGUAGUCAUUUACUGAUACUGCUGUGGUUAGACUGUAGUCAUUACUGAUACUGCUGUGGUUAGACUGUAGUCAUUACUGAUACUGCUGCGGUUAGACUGUAGUCAUGACUGAUAUUGCUGUGGUUAGACUGUAGUCAUUACAUAUACUGCUGUGGUUAGACUGUAGUCAUGACUGGUACUGCUGUGGUUAGACUGUAGUCAUUACUGGUACUGCUGUGGUUAGACUGUAGUCAUGACUGAUACUGCUGCGGUUAGACUGUAGUCAUUACAUAUACUGCUGUGGUUAGACUGUAGUCAUGACUGGUACUGCUGUGGUUAGACUGUAGUCAUUACUGGUACUGCUGUGGUUAGACUGUAGUCAUUACUGGUACUGCUGUGGUUAGACUGUAGUCGUGACUGGUACUGCUGUGGUUAGACUGUAGUCAUUACUGAUACUGCUGUGGUUAGACUGUAGUCAUUACUGAUACUGCUGUGGUUAGACUGUAGUCAUUACUGAUAUUGCUGUGGUUAGACUGUAGUUAUUACCGGUACUGCUGUGGUUAGACUGUAGUCAUUACUGAUACUGCUGUGGUUAGACUGUAGUCAUUACUGGUACUGCUGUGGUUAGACUGUAGUCGUGACUGGUACUGCUGUGGUUAGACUGUAGUCAUUACUGAUACUGCUGUGGUUAGACUGUAGUCAUUACUGAUACUGCUGUGGUUAGACUGUAGUCAUGACUGAUACUGCUGUGGUUAGACUGUAGUCAUUACUGAUACUGCUGUGGUUAGAUUGUAGUCAUUACUGAUAUUUAUGUGGUUAGACUGUAGUCAUUACUGAUACUGCUGUGGUUAGACUGUAGUCAUUACUGGUACUGCUGUGGUUAGACUGUAGUCGUGACUGGUACUGCUGUGGUUAGACUGUGUCAUUAGGGUACUGUUUGUGGUUAGACUGUAGUCAUUAGUGAUACUGCUGUGGUUAGACGGUAGUCUUUACGGAUACUGCUGCGGUUAGACUGUAGUCAUGACUGAUAUGCUGGGGUUUAGACUGUAGUCAUUACUGAUACUGCUGGGGUUAGCUGUAGUCAUUACUGUACUGCUGGGUUAGACUGUAGUCAUUAGAUACUGGUGUGGUUGAUUAGUCAUACUGUACUGUGUGUUAGACUGUAGUCGUGACUGGUACUGCUGUGUGUUAGACUGUAGUCAUUACUGAUAUGCUUGGUUAGACUGUAUCAUUACUGAUACUGCGUGGUUAGACUGUAGUCAUUACUGAUACUGCGUGGUUAGACUGUAGUAUUACUGGUACUGCUGUGGUUAGACUGUAGUCGUGAUGUUUACUGCGGGUGGUUAGACUGUAGUCAUUACUGAUACUGCUGGGGUUUGACGUAGUCAUUACUGAUACUGCUGUGGUUAGACGUGUCAUUACUGAUACUGCUGUGGUUGACUGUAGUCAUUAGGGUACUGCUGUGGUUAGACUGUAGUCAUUACUGAUACUGCUGUGGUUAGAUGUAGUCGUGACUGGUACUGCUGGUGGUUAGACUGUAGUCAUUACUGAUACUGCUGUGGUUAGACCUGUAGUCAUUACGAUACUGCUGUGGUUAGACUGUAGUACAUUAGGAUACUGCUGUGGUUAGACUGUAGUCAUUACUGAUACUGCUGUGGUUAGACUGUAGUCAUGACUGAUACUGCUGGGGUUAGACUGUAGUCAUUACUGAUAUGCUUGUGGUUAGAUUUGUAGUCAUUACUGAUACUGCUGUGGUUAGACUGUAGUCAUUACUGAUACUGCUGUGGUUAGACUGUAGUCAUUACUGAUACUGCUGUGGUUAGACUGUAGUCAUUACUGAUACUGCUGUGGUUAGACUGUAGUCAUUACUGGUACUGCUGUGGUUAGACUGUAGUCAUUACUGAUACUGCUGUGGUUAGACUGUAGUCAUUACUGAUACUGCUGUGGUUAGACUGUAGUCAUUAGGUACUGCUGUGGUUAGACUGUAGUCAUUACUGAUACGUGAUACUAAUUGUUUGCAGGUCCGUAUCUGGGGUCGGAAGAAAGCUAUAGCUGAAGGACAUGGAGACUAUGCUCUCAGUGUUACAGGACCAAUGCUCAAGUUUUAUGAAAGAUACUACAAUGCCAGCUACCCACUGUCCAAGUCAGGUAAGUUAGCUUUGCAUUCAGAUCUCAGGUCUAAGAGUGCAUGGACACACAAGUAGGCCUCCACUAAUAAGUAUCCUCUGAAACUAAGUCUCUCAACAGAUUGUUGUCUAAGUUCCAAAUGGCCCCCUAUUCCCUGUAUAGCGCCCUAUGGCUCUGGUCAAACGUAGUGCACUAUGAAGGGAAUAGGGGACCAUUUAGGCCUCCUGUAUUGUCUUUUCCCCUGUAGACCAGAUAGCUCUGCCUGACUUCAAUGCUGGAGCCAUGGAGAACUGGGGUCUGAUCACCUACAGAGAGACAGCCCUCCUGUACGAUCCAGCCGUCUCCUCUGUUGGAAACAAGGAGAGAGUCACGACUGUGGUGGCUCACGAAUUGGCUCAUAUGGUAGUGUUCUCUAUGACAUCACUAUACUUCCUGUACAACAUAUGACAUCACUGUACUGCCUGUCCAACCUAUGACAUCACUGUACUGCCUGUUCAACCUAUGACAUCACUAUACUUCUGGUCCAACAUAUGACAUCACUAUACUUCUGGUCCAACCUAUGACAUCACUGUACUGCCUGUCUAACCUAUGUCAUCACUGUACUUCCUGUCCAACCUAUGAUAUCCCUGUACUGCCUGUCCAACCUAUGACAUCGCUGUACUUCCUGUCCAACCUAUGACAUCCCUGUACUUCCUGUCCAACCUCUGACAUUACUGUAUCUACUGUCCAACCUCUGACAUCACAUCCUGCAUGAAGAAACAUUGCUUGGGAGGAUGACUAAGGUUAUGUCCACAACAUGGGGGCCAGGUAGUGUAGUGGUUAGAGCACAGAUAGAACAAUGAAACAGGUAUUUCACCGGAUGUAUAAAUGUGAAGCAUCCGCUUGGCUUUUCCACUCACUACCAAAGAUGGUAGUGAGAGGAAGCCCAGUUGCUGGCAGUGGGAGAAGAUGGAACAAGAUGGAUUUUGGCCAACAUUCUGCUAAUUUUCUCAUCGAUGAAACAUUUGAUCUCAAUACAAUUUUUUGUUCACAAAACUAAAAUAUGUUACGAACAGAGUGGACUAAGUUUUGUAGACUUUACCCUUUGCAAAAGUUUUAAAAAAUGGCGUUGUUUAGAAGGAGUGCAAAGGCAAAUUGAGCUAUUGCACAUGCACACUUCACAGAGUAGGCGUUCCCUAACGGAAAUAUGUGCAUACAUGCUAGAACGCACCAAUAAUAUCUCGCUAGUUUGUGCUUGGCUCUGCCCACCUCCAUGCUUGUUCUGCCCACUAUGACUCAUUUGUUCCCAUUUAAAAUGACGGGGUGUGGUCUAUCCUGGUUUAGUUAUAAAAAAUAUUUGGUUAGAGUGUUGGGCUAGUCCUGGCAGGUAGCCUAGCGAUUAGAGCGUUGGGCUAGUAACUGGCAGGUAGUCUAGCAAUUAGAGCGUUGGGCUAGUAACCAGCAGGUAGUCUAGCGAUUAGAGUGUUGGGCCAGUAACCAGCAGGUAGUCUAGCGAUUAGAGUGUUGGGCCAGUAAUCAGCAGGUAGUCUAGUGGUUAGAGUGUUGGGCCAGUAAUCAGCAGGUAGCCUAGUGGUUAGAGAGUUGGGCCAGUAACCAGCAGGUAGUCUAGUGGAUAGAGUGUUGGGCUAGUAACUGGCAGGUAGCCUAGUGGUUAGAGUGUUGGGCUAGUAACUGGCAGGUAGUCUAGCGAUUAGAGCGUUGGGCUGGUAACCAAAAGGUCUCUAGUUCCAAUCCCCGAGCUGACAAGGUGAAAAAUCUGUUGAUAUGCCCUUAAGCAAGGCACUUAACCCUAAUUGCUCCAGGGUUGCUGUUGAUAAUGGCAGACCUUGGCCUUGACCACACUCUCAGGGGGAGUUGGGAUAUCAAAUCAAAUGUAUUGGUCACGUGCCGAAUACAAUAGGUGUAGACUUUACAGUGAAAUGCAAAAAACACAUUUCCAAUUCACACCUUCGUAUUAACACACACUUGUAUAUGUGUGAAAUAGGACCAAUACAAGCCCCCACCUAAUUAUUAAUAUUGGUCAGAGCUGGCCAAUAAGAAUGCACUGCUUCAUAAGGAAUAGAGGGCCAUUUUGUAUGUGAUUGUCCCCUGAGUGUGACACGUCCCUGUGUCCACAGUGGUUUGGGAACCUGGUGACUCUGAGAUGGUGGAAUGACCUGUGGCUGAACGAGGGCUUUGCCAGCUAUGUGGAGUAUCUAGGAGCUGACUAUGCUGAACCCACGUGGAAUAUCGUAAGACUGAUCACUCACACCCUUACAGGAGGAUUACUCUGAUCAUAUAGAGUGCAGUAAGACUGAUCACCCUUACAGGAGGAUUACUCUGAUCAAAUAGAGUGCAGUAAGACUGAUCACACUUACAGGAGGAUUACUCUGAUCAUAUAGAGUGCAGUAAGACUGAUCACCCUUACAGGAGGAUUACUCAGAUCAUAUAGAGUGCAGUAAGACUGAUCACACUUACAGGAGGAUUACUCUGAUCAUAUAGAGUGCAGUAAGACUGAUCACCCUUACAGGAGGAUUACUCUGAUCAAAUAGAGUGCAGUAAGACUGAUCACACUUACAGGAGGAUUACUCUGAUCAUAUAGAGUGCAGUAAGACUGAUCACCCUUACAGGAGGAUUACUCUGAUCAUAUAGAGUGCAGUAAGACUGAUCACACUUACAGGAGGAUUACUCUGAUCAUAUAGAGUGCAGUAAGACUGAUCACCCUUACAGGAGGAUUACUCUGAUCAUAUAGAGUGCAGUAAGACUGAUCACCCUUACAGGAGGAUUACUCUGAUCAAAUAGAGUGCAGUAAGACUGAUCACCCUUACAGGAGGAUUACUCUGAUCAUAUAGAGUGCAGUAAGACUGAUCACCCUUACAGGAGGAUUACUCUGAUCAUAUAGAGUGCAGUAAGACUGAUCACCCUUACAGGAGGAUUACUCUGAUCAUAUAGAGUGCAGUAAGACUGAUCACCCUUACAGGAGGAUUACUCAGAUCAUAUAGAGUACAGUAAGACUGAUCACCCUUACAGGAGGAUUACUCUGAUCAUAUAGAGUACAGUAAGACUGAUCACCCUUACAGGAGGAUUACUCAGAUCAUAUAGAGUAUAGUAAGACUGAUCACCCUUACAGGAGGAUUACUCUGAUCAUAUAGAGUGCAGUAAGACUGAUCACCCUUACAGGAGGAUUACUCAGAUCAUAUAGAGUACAGUAAGACUGAUCACCCUUACAGGAGGAUUACUCUGAUCAUAUAGAGUGCAGUAAGACUGAUCACCCUUACAGGAGGAUUACUCAGAUCAUAUAGAGUGCAGUAAGACUGAUCACCCUUACAGGAGGAUUACUCAGAUCAUAUAGAGUACAGUAAGACUGAUCACCCUUACAGGAGGAUUACUCAGAUCAUAUAGAGUGCAGUAAGACUGAUCACCCUUACAGGAGGAUUACUCUGAUCAUAUAGAGUACAGUAAGACUGAUCAUCCUUACAGGAGGAUUACUCUGAUCAUAUAGAGUGCAGUAAGACUGAUCACCCUUACAGGAGGAUUACUCUGAUCAUAUAGAGUGCAGUAAGACUGAUCACACUUACAGGAGGAUUACUCUGAUCAUAUAGAGUGCAGUAAGACUGAUCACCCUUACAGGAGGAUUACUCUGAUCAUAUAGAGUGCAGUAAGACUGAUCACCCUUACAGGAGGAUUACUCAGAUCAUAUAGAGUACAGUAAGACUGAUCACCCUUACAGGAGGAUUACUCUGAUCAUAUAGAGUACAGUAAGACUGAUCACCCUUACAGGAGGAUUACUCAGAUCAUAUAGAGUAUAGUAAGACUGAUCACCCUUACAGGAGGAUUACUCUGAUCAUAUAGAGUGCAGUAAGACUGAUCACCCUUACAGGAGGAUUACUCAGAUCAUAUAGAGUACAGUAAGACUGAUCACCCUUACAGGAGGAUUACUCUGAUCAUAUAGAGUGCAGUAAGACUGAUCACCCUUACAGGAGGAUUACUCAGAUCAUAUAGAGUACAGUAAGACUGAUCACCCUUACAGGAGGAUUACUCAGAUCAUAUAGAGUACAGUAAGACUGAUCACCCUUACAGGAGGAUUACUCAGAUCAUAUAGAGUGCAGUAAGACUGAUCACCCUUACAGGAGGAUUACUCUGAUCAUAUAGAGUACAGUAAGACUGAUCAUCCUUACAGGAGGAUUACUCUGAUCAUAUAGAGUGCAGUAAGACUGAUCACCCUUACAGGAGGAUUACUCUGAUCAUAUAGAGUGCAGUAAGACUGAUCACACUUACAGGAGGAUUACUCUGAUCAUAUAGAGUGCAGUAAGACUGAUCACCCUUACAGGAGGAUUACUCUGAUCAUAUAGAGUGCAGUAAGACUGAUCACCCUUACAGGAGGAUUACUCAGAUCAUAUAGAGUACAGUAAGACUGAUCACCCUUACAGGAGGAUUACUCUGAUCAUAUAGAGUACAGUAAGACUGAUCACCCUUACAGGAGGAUUACUCAGAUCAUAUAGAGUAUAGUAAGACUGAUCACCCUUACAGGAGGAUUACUCUGAUCAUAUAGAGUGCAGUAAGACUGAUCACCCUUACAGGAGGAUUACUCAGAUCAUAUAGAGUACAGUAAGACUGAUCACCCUUACAGGAGGAUUACUCUGAUCAUAUAGAGUGCAGUAAGACUGAUCACCCUUACAGGAGGAUUACUCAGAUCAUAUAGAGUACAGUAAGACUGAUCACCCUUACAGGAGGAUUACUCAGAUCAUAUAGAGUACAGUAAGACUGAUCACCCUUACAGGAGGAUUACUCAGAUCAUAUAGAGUGCAGUAAGACUGAUCACCCUUACAGGAGGAUUACUCUGAUCAUAUAGAGUGCAGUAAGACUGAUCAUCCUUACAGGAGGAUUACUCAGAUCAUAUAGAGUGCAGUAAGACUGAUCACCCUUACAGGAGGAUUACUCAGAUCAUAUAGAGUGCAGUAAGACUGAUCACUCUCUCUCUCUCCCUAGAAAGAGCAGAUAAUCCUGUCUGAUGUCCACAAGGUGUUUGCUGUGGACGCCCUGGCCUCGUCUCAUCCUCUGUCCCGUAAAGAGGAGGAAGUCAACCGGCCUGCCGAGAUCAGUGAGAUGUUCAACACCAUCUCCUACAGCAAGGUUCUCUAUGUUCUAGACCAUCUCCUACAGCAAAGUUCUCUAUGUUCUAGACCAUCUCCUACAGCAAAGUUCUCUAUUGUUCUCAACAUGUUAUACCAUCUCCUACAUUAAGGUUCUCUAUGUUCUAGACCAUCUCCUACAGCAAGGUUCUCUAUGUUCUAGACCAUCUCCUACAGCAAGGUUCUCUAUGUUCUAGACCAUCUCCUACAGCAAGGUUCUCUAUGUUCUAGACCAUCUCCUACAGCAAAGUUCUAUAUUGUUCUCAACAUGUUAUACCAUCUCCUACAUUAAGGUUCUCUAUGUUCUAGACCAUCUCCUACAGCAAGGUUCUCUAUGUUCUAGACCAUCUCCUACAGCAAAGUUCUCUAUGUUCUAGACCAUCUCCUACAGCAAAGUUCUCCAUGGUUCUCUAUGUUUUAGACCUGAAGAAAGCAUGCCUCCCACCCAGCAACUUAUCAGUGCACCCUCCCACCCAUCUAUCCCUUGAUUCACCCAUUAGAUUCCCCCCAAUCCCCCCUCCCUCCCCCACAAUGACCAGAGCCCCGUGGAGGAGUGAACGAGGGAGUUCUGGGCAUAUUCUGCCCAGGGAAGAAACCUCGCCCACUCACCCUGCCGGUCCUGACAGUAGCAACAAAGAAACCUCCCCAGCUCCUGGUUCAUGCGCUCCACCUUCCUAUUCGACUGAGGCCUAUAGCCGGAAGUGAGGCUGGCCGUGGCCCCGAUCUUCUCCAAGAAAGCCUUCCACACUCGGUAGGUGAAUUGGGGGCCACGGUCCGAGACGAUGUCCUCCGGAAGUCCAUAAUGCCGGAAGACCUGUUGGAACAGGACCUCAGCGACCUGGAGAGCAGAAGGAAGACCAGUUAGUGGCAAAAACCGGCAUGAUUUGGAGAACCGAUCUACGACCACCAUGACUGUGGUGAAGCAGUCAGAACGUGGGAGGUCAGUGACAAAGUCUAUGGACAGGUGUGACCAAGGUCGCUGAGGCACUGGGAGAGGAACUAGUUUGCCUGCUGGGGUGUUCCGAGGUGUCUUCGUUUGGGCACAUACGGAACAGGAGUUGAUAUAGCGGGAGACAUCAGUAGCCAAGGUGGGCCACCAGUAUUUUUGUGAGAGACUGCAGGGUGCGCGUCAUACCAGAGUGCCCUGCCAUAAGGGUGGUGUGCUCCCAGAUCAGCAGGCAGUCACGGACCCUGGUGGGUACAUACACGCGCCCCGGAGGGGCAUUGGCAGGCGCUAGUUCCUACUGAGUCGCCAGGCAGAUGUCUUCAUCCACAUCCCAAACGACAGGUGCAAUGAUGAGACGAGGGCAGGAUAGGACCCCCCAGAUCCUUCCUUUCUCCAGUAUGGUGCAUCCUGGAGAGUGCGUCGGCUUUCACAUCCUGGGAUCCUGGUCGGUAGGACAGAAUAAACUGAAAGCGAGUAAGAAAUUGGGCCCACCUGGCUUGACGAGAGUUCAUCCGUUUUGCUGCCCGUAUGUGCCCGGUGGUCAGUAAGAAUCCGGAAUGGAUGGACUACGCCCUCCAGCCAGUGUCUCCAUGCCUCCAGAGCGAGGACCACCGCCAACAGCUACCUGUCUCCAACUCCAUAGUUCCUCUCUGCGGGGGUAAGCUUUUUAGAGGAACCAGAGGGAGGGGGUACCGGUACUUGGUGGUGACUGUGUUCAGCCCCCGGUAGUCAAUGCAUGGCCUCAGUCCUCUGUCUUUUUUGGCCACGAAGAAGAAGCUGGCGGAGGCAGGAGAGGUAGAUCUGAUGAACCCCUGUUUCAGGGUCUCCGCCACAUACUUCUCCAUGGCCUCCGCUAUGGAGAGGGAGUAAAUGCGACUCUUCGGAGGGUGUUGUCCCUCCAGCAGGUCAAUGGCGCAGUCCCAGGUCCUGUGAGGAGGGAGACACAUAGCCUUGGAGGCAGAGAGGACAUCAGAGAGAUCUGCGUACUCACGUGGAAUGUUGGGCUGGAGGGCGGACUCCGGACUCUCCACUGACGUGGAACAACAAACCACCGGCAGGCAGGUUCUCCGACAUGAGGUGGACCAGGCUGUGAUCCUCUUGGUAAUCCAAUUGAUGUUGGCGUUGUGUAGUCUGAGCCAGGGCAAUCCCAAGACGAUCCGGUGAAGGGGUGACGUGACGAUAUGGAAGGACAGCUCCUCGUGGUGCUCCGGUAGUGUGGGAAUGGUGAUGGUGAUGGGGAGAGUGACGUGCGUAAUGGUGCCUGAUCCAAUGGUGUAUUGUCCAGCGAGGUGACGUGUAGCGGAGAAGGCAGUGGCACGGUGGGCAACCUCCAUUCAGAGACCAGCUCCCUAUCUAUAAGGUUCCCCGCUGAUCCGGAAUCUAUCAUUGCCGUGGAAAGUGAAGAGAAGGAAGAACCAUUCACCGAAUUAAAAACAAUGGUUUGGUGACAAGUGAUGACGGAACACUCACGGAGCGGCGACGGGAGUCAUACCGCCUAGAUAGGGAGCCGCCAGGAGAUCUGUGGUCCGUGGUGGUGUAGGGGGUGCUCCCCACCUCCAUGGGUGAGGACUCGGAGGCAGGGCGGCUUCCAUAGCUCUGAUGGGGUGAGGACUCGGAGGCAGGGCGGCUUCCAUAGCUCCAAUGGGGUGAGGACUCGGAGGCAGGGCGGCUUCCAUAGCUCCGAUGGGGUGAGGACUCGGAGGCAGGGCGGCUUCCAUAGCUCCGAUGGGGUGAGGACUCGGAGGCAGGGCGGCUUCCAUAGCUCCGAUGGGGUGAGGACUCGGAGGCAGGGCGGCUUCCAUAGCUCCGAUGGGGUGAGGACUCGGAAGCAGGGCGGCUUCCAUAGCUCCAAUGGGGUGAGGACUCGGAGGCAGGGCGGCUUCCAUAGCUCCGAUGGGGUGAGGACUCGGAGGCAGGGCGGCUUCCAUAGCUCCGAUGGGGUGAGGACUCGGAGGCAGGGCGGCUUCCAUAGCUCCGAUGGGGUGAGGACUCGGAGGCAGGGCGGCUUCCAUAGCUCCGAUGGGGUGAGGACUCGGAAGCAGGGCGGCUUCCAUAGCUCCGAUGGGGUGAGGACUCGGAAGCAGGGCGGCUUCCAUAGCUCCGAUGGGGUGAGGACUCGGAGGCAGGGCGGCUUCCAUAGCUCCGAUGGGGUGAGGACUCGGAAGCAGGGCGGCUUCCAUAGCUCCGAUGGGGUGAGGACUCGGAGGCAGGGCGGCUUCCAUAGCUCCGAUGGGGUGAGGACUCGGAAGCAGGGCGGCUUCCAUAGCUCCGAUGGGGUGAGGACUCGGAGGCAGGGCGGCUUCCAUAGCUCCGAUGGGGUGAGGACUCGGAAGCAGGGCGGCUUCCAUAGCUCCGAUGGGGUGAGGACUCGGAGGCAGGGCGGCUUCCAUAGCUCCGAUGGGGUGAGGACUCGGAGGCAGGGCGGCUUCCAUAGCUCCGAUGGGGUGAGGACUCGGAGGCAGGGCGGCUUCCAUAGCUCCGAUGGGGUGAGGACUCGGAGGCAGGGCGGCUUCCAUAGCUCCGAUGGGGUGAGGACUCGGAGGCAGGGCGGCUUCCAUAGCUCCGAUGGGGUGAGGACUCGGAGGCAGGGCGGCUUCCAUAGCCCAGAUGGGGUGAGCGUCGAGGCUCCGGGAGGUGUUGGGAACGCUGUCGGUCUCUCAACAUGUCGUCAAGAUGAAUGGAUGUGGCGAUGAGGGUAUCAAGGUACAUCUCGUCGUACCGACAUGCGAGUUCCGUCGUGAUGUCCUCCUGUAAGCCUCUCCUGAAGGCCGUGCGCAGAGCACGCUCAUUCCAGCCGGAAGACGCCGCCACCGUGCGAAAACUCAGGGCGUACUCGCACGCGGCCCCCUCUCCCUGUUGUAGCCGGAGGAGACGCUCACCCCCGUCCUUUCCCUCCGUCGGAUGAUCGAACACAGCCCUGAACCGAGCAAGGAAGGUGGAGUAGGGAAGCGACGCGGCCUCACCUCCUUCCCAGACUGCCGUGGCCCAAUCCAGCGCCUUAUCCUUCAGUAGCGAAAUCAUCAGUGCUAUCCUGGUUCAAUGGGAGAGAGUAAGGUGGUUGCCAUCUUAGAGUCAACCAUUUUUUUGCAGCAGUGCUGCAUGCCAGCAUUAAUCUUCUCUGAUUGAUUGAGAGAUUGAAGGUGCUAUCAUCGUUAAGUAACAUAAUAGAUGGAAAGCAUUGAAUAUUUAAAUUCAUGCACUUAUAUAUGAAUUUUGUAACUUUGCUCCAGAAACAUUAAACUGCAGGCCACUCCCACAUCAUAUGAAGGAAUGUGCCGAUUUAGGGGACACAGUGAACAGUUGGGAGUUGGGGCCAAUUUCAUCGUAAAACAUUAUGUAAGGGGUCUGAAUACUUAUUUAAAUGUGAUAUUUCAGUUAUUUUUUUUAAAUAAAUGUGCAAGAAUUUCUAAAAAAGUGUAUUUGCUUUGUCAUUAUGGGGUAUUGUGUGUAGAUUGAUGAGGGGAAAAAAACAAUUUUAAUCAAUUUUAAAAUAAGGCUUUAACCUGACAAAAUGUGGAAAAAGUUAAGGGUGAAUACUUUCAGAAUACACUGUAUCAGUGAAAACCACCUCUUCCAGGGCAAUAUGAGACACCAUAUCUCUUUCUACACUCAGCCAGGGGGCAGAAUAAUCAUGUCUAAUCCAAUUUAGGAUGGGGCGAAAUGCUAGUGCCUGGAAAUACAAUUUAAAGUUUGGUACAGCUGUUCUCCUAUGUGUGCGGGGUGGGAUGCAUGGUUUCUGGGUGGGGGAGGAUUUGGAUGGGGACUGACGGGGGGGGGGGGGGGGGGGGGGGGGGGGGGGGUUAUUUUUAUAUGCAUAUAUUUGAUUGUGUUUGUACCUGUAACCACCCUCUGAAAAAGAAAAAUGACAUAACUGAAUAAAAAGUUGGUCACAAAAAAGUAAAGACUUAGUCUGUCUUGGUUUAUUUACAAUCAGCUGUUCUUAUAGAAACGGGUCUGUCUUGGUUUAUUUACAAUCAGAGCUGUUCUUAUAGAAACGGGUCUGCCUUGGUUUAUUUCCAAUCAGCUGUUCUUAUAGAAACGGGUCUGUCUUGGUUUAUUUACAAUCAGAGCUGUUCUUAUAGAAACGGGUCUGCCUUGGUUUAUUUCCAAUCAGCUGUUCUUAUAGAAACGGGUCUGUCUUGGUUUAUUUACAAUCAGCUGUUCUUAUAGAAAUGGGUCUGUCUUGGUUUAUUUACAAUCAGCUGUUCUUAUAGAAACGGGUCUGGCUUGGUGUAGAUUUACAAUCAGCUGUUCUUAUAGAAACGGGUCUGUCUUGGUUUAUUUACAAUCAGCUGUUCUUAUAGAAACGGGUCUGUCUUGGUUUAUUUACAAUCAGCUGUUCUUAUAGAAACGGGUCUGGCUUGGUUUAUUUACAAUCAGCUGUUCUUAUAGAAACGGGUCUGGCUUGGUUUAUUUGCAAUCAGCUGUUCUUAUAGAAACGGGAGAAUCUUUGAUUGAUUAAUUUGGGUUCUGAUAGUAAAUCCCCUGUUUCAGAUUCAAUAGUUGCUACAUCAGUGAUCAGUAUUGUGUAGCUUGUUGGGCAGUAAAGGACUGGGACGAUGACCAUGGAAGUCUUACUCGAUGGAUGGCAGUUUCUGCUCUCUGUCCUAUCAGUCAAUUCAGUUCUGUCUUGACUUUGGAAAGAGUAAUAGCUACCGGGUCUGAAUAAAGUGUUUGUUGAGAACGUUCUAACACGGUUAACAAGAUGUUCAACACCAUCAGCAAGGUCUUCCUCUGUUCUAGACCACAUACACAACAGAGACUGGUAGAGAGGGAGGUCUGAAGUAUCUCCUUGUGGAACACAAGCUGGGAGCUCAGUGAUGAUGCCUUCUCUCUGGUGUAGUAGGAAAUAGGUCCCAGAAUAUUUCCUGAUCUAAUUAGACAAAACUUUGGGCCCUUGUAAUACAAAAUUAAAAUCCAAUGUGAGUAUGUUUUUUCUCUUUCUCAAAUCCUGUACUCUUGUCCUCCAGGGAGCUGCAGUUCUGAGGAUGCUUUCUGAGUUCCUAACAGAGCCUGUCUUCGCCAGAGGACUCAGUGUGAGUACAGUUACAGUAUGUUAACAGUACAGUAAUCAGAGCCUGUCUUAGUAACUACAGUACAGUAAUCAGAGCCUGUCUUAGUAACUACAGUACAGUAAUCAGAGCCUGUCUUAGUAACUACAGUACAGUAAUCAGAGCCUGUCUUAGUGACUACAGUACAGUAAUCAGAGCCUGUCUUAGUAACUACACUACAGUAAUCAGAGCCUGUCUUAGUGACUACAGUACAGUAAUCAGAGCCUGUCUUAGUAACUACAGUACAGUAAUCAGAGCCUGUCUUAGUAACUACACUACAGUAAUCAGAGCCUGUCUUAGUAACUACAGUACAGUAAUCAGAGCCUGUCUUAGUAACUACAGUACAGUAAUCAGAGCCUGUCUUAGUAACUACAGUACAGUAAUCAGAGCCUGUCUUAGUAACUACAGUACAGUAAUCAGAGCCUGUCUUAGUAACUACAGUACAGUAAUCAGAGCCUGUCUUAGUAACUACAGUACAGUAAUCAGAGCCUGUCUUAGUAACUACACUACAGUAAUCAGAGCCUGUCUUAGUAACUACAGUACAGUAAUCAGAGCCUGUCUUAGUAACUACAGUACAGUAAUCAGAGCCUGUCUUAGUAACUACAGUACAGUAAUCAGAGCCUGUCUUAGUAACUACAGUACAGUAAUCAGAGCCUGUCUUAGUAACUACAGUACAGUAAUCAGAGCCUGUCUUAGUAACUACAGUACAGUAAUCAGAGCCUGUCUUAGUAACUACAGUACAGUAAUCAGAGCCUGUCUUAGUAACUACAGUACAGUAAUCAGAGCCUGUCUUAGUAACUACAGUACAGUAAUCAGAGCCUGUCUUAGUAACUACAGUACAGUAAUCAGAGCCUGUCUUAGUAACUACAGUACAGUAAUCAGAGCCUGUCUUAGUAACUACAGUACAGUAAUCAGAGCCUGUCUUAGUAACUACAGUACAGUAAUCAGAGCCUGUCUUAGUGACUACAGUACAGUAAUCAGAGCCUGUCUUAGUGAGUAACUACAGUACAGUAAUCAGAGCCUGUCUUAGUAACUACAGUACAGUAAUCAGAGCCUGUCUUAGUAACUACAGUACAGUAAUCAGAGCCUGUCUUAGUAACUACAGUACAGUAAUCAGAGCCUGUCUUAGUAACUACAGUACAGUAAUCAGAGCCUGUCUUAGUAACUACAGUACAGUAAUCAGAGCCUGUCUUAGUAACUACAGUACAGUAAUCAGAGCCUGUCUUAGUGACUACAGUACAGUAAUCAGAGCCUGUCUUAGUGAGUAACUACAGUACAGUAAUCAGAGCCUGUCUUAGUAACUACAGUACAGUAAUCAGAGCCUGUCUUAGUGACUACAGUACAGUAAUCAGAGCCUGUCUUAGUAACUACAGUACAGUAAUCAGAGCCUGUCUUAGUAACUACAGUACAGUAAUCAGAGCCUGUCUUAGUAACUACAGUACAGUAAUCAGAGCCUGUCUUAGUAACUACAGUACAGUAAUUAGAGCCUGUCUUAGUAACUACAGUACAGUAAUCAGAGCCUGUCUUAGUAACUACAGUACAGUAAUCAGAGCCUGUCUUAGUAACUACAGUACAGUAAUCAGAGCCUGUCUUAGUAACUACAGUACAGUAAUCAGAGCCUGUCUUAGUAACUACAGUACAGUAAUCAGAGCCUGUCUUAGUAACUACAGUACAGUAAUCAGAGCCUGUCUUAGUAACUACAGUACAGUAAUCAGAGCCUGUCUUAGUAACUACAGUACAGUAAUCAGAGCCUGUCUUAGUAACUCUCUCUCUCUCUCUCUCUCUCUCUCUCUCUCUCUCUCUCUCUCUCUCUCACUCUCUCUCUCUCUGUAGUCGUACCUGAAUGAGUUUGCCUUCAACAACACAGUGUAUUCAGAUCUCUGGGAUCAUCUUCAGAAAGUAAGUCCCAUUUUCUACCAUGGAUAGAGUAUGAUAAAUAUACCUCUAUACUAUUUCUCUAUUAUUACAUUUUCGAUCUACAAUUUACUUACUGCUAAAAUGAAUAUUCAAUAUCAUUGGGUAACGUGUGUGUGGAAAACCCCCUGUGGUUAAAAUGCGUCUUGAAGGACCGUAGAGAUGGGUCCACCUCUUACAGGGUGAAAACCCCCUGUGGUUAAAAUGUGUCUUGAAGGACCGUGGAGAUGGGUCCACCUCUUACAGGGUGAAAACCCCCUGUGGUUAAAAUGUGUCUUGAAGGACCGUAGAGAUGGGUCCACCUCUUACAGGGUGCCUGUAGUUAAAAUGUGUCUUGAAGGACCGUAGAGAUGGGUCCACCUCUUACAGGGUGCCUGUGGUUAAAAUGUGUCUUGAAGGACCGUAGAGAUGGGUCCACCUCUUACAGGGUGCCUGUGGUUAAAAUGUGUCUUGAAGGACCGUAGAGAUGGGUCCACCUCUUACAGGGUGAAAACCCCCUGUGGUUAAAAUGUGUCUUGAAGGACCGUGGAGAUGGGUCCACCUCUUACAGGGUGAAAACCCCCUGUGGUUAAAAUGUGUCUUGAAGGACCGUAGAGAUGGGUCCACCUCUUACAGGGUGCCUGUGGUUAAAAUGCGUCUUGAAGGACCGUAGAGAUGGGUCCACCUCUUACAGGGUGAAAAACCCCUGUGGUUAAAAUGCGUCUUGAAGGACCGUAGAGAUGGGUCCACCUUUUACAGGGUGCCUGUGGUUAAAAUGUGUCUUGAAGGACCGUAGAGAUGGGUCCACCUCUUACAGGGUGAAAACCCCCUGUGGUUAAAAUGUGUCUUGAAGGACCGUAGAGAUGGGUCCACCUCUUACAGGGUGCCUGUGGUUAAAAUGUGUCUUGAAGGACCGUAGAGAUGGGUCCACCUCUUACAGGGUGCCUGUGGUUAAAAUGUGUCUUGAAGGACCGUAGAGAUGGGUCCACCUCUUACAGGGUGAAAACCCCCUGUGGUUAAAAUGUGUCUUGAAGGACCGUAGAGAUGGGUCCCCCUCUUACAGGGUGCCUGUGGUUAAAAUGUGUCUUGAAGGACCGUAGAGAUGGGUCCACCUCUUACAGGGUGAAAACCCCCUGUGGUUAAAAUGUGUCUUGAAGGACCGUAGAGAUGGGUCCACCUCUUACAGGGUGAAAACCCCCUGUGGUUAAAAUGUGUCUUGAAGGACCGUAGAGAUGGGUCCACCUCUUACAGGGUGAAAACCCCCUGUGGUUAAAAUGUGUCUUGAAGGACCGUAGAGAUGGGUCCACCUCUUACAGGAUGCCUGUGGUUAAAAUGCGUCUUGAAGGACCGUAGAGAUGGGUCCACCUCUUACAGGGUGCCUGUGGUUAAAAUGUGUCUUGAAGGACCGUAGAGAUGGGUCCACCUCUUACAGGAUGCCUGUGGUUAAAAUGUGUCUUGAAGGACCGUAGAGAUGGGUCCACCUCUUACAGGGUGAAAACCCCCUGUGGUUAAAAUGUGUCUUGAAGGACCGUAGAGAUGGGUCCACCUCUUACAGGGUGAAAACCCCCUGUGGUUAAAAUGUGUCUUGAAGGACCGUAGAGAUGGGUCCACCUCUUACAGGAUGCCUGUGGUUAAAAUGUGUCUUGAAGGACCGUAGAGAUGGGUCCACCUCUUACAGGGUGAAAACCCCCUGUGGUUAAAAUGUGUCUUGAAGGACCGUAGAGAUGGGUCCACCUCUUACAGGAUGCCUGUGGUUAAAAUGUGUCUUGAAGGACCGUAGAGAUGGGUCCCCCUCUUACAGGGUGAAAACCCCCUGUGGUUAAAAUGUGUCUUGAAGGACCGUAGAGAUGGGUCCACCUCUUACAGGGUGAAAACCCCCUGUGGUUAAAAUGUGUCUUGAAGGACCGUAGAGAUGGGUCCACCUCUUACAGGGUGAAAACCCCCUGUGGUUAAAAUGUGUCUUGAAGGACCGUAGAGAUGGGUCCACCUCUUACAGGAUGCCUGUGGUUAAAAUGCGUCUUGAAGGACCGUAGAGAUGGGUCCACCUCUUACAGGAUGCCUGUGGUUAAAAUGCGUCUUGAAGGACCGUAGAGAUGGGUCCACCUCUUACAGGGUGAAAACCCCCUGUGGUUAAAAUGUGUCUUGAAGGACCGUAGAGAUGGGUCCACCUCUUACAGGAUGCCUGUGGUUAAAAUGCGUCUUGAAGGACCGUAGAGAUGGGUCCACCUCUUACAGGAUGCCUGUGGUUAAAAUGCGUCUUGAAGGACCGUAGAGAUGGGUCCACCUCUUACAGGGUGCCUGUGGUUAAAAUGUGUCUUGAAGGACCGUAGAGAUGGGUCCACCUCUUACAGGGUGAAAACCCCCUGUGGUUAAAAUGUGUCUUGAAGGACCGUAGAGAUGGGUCCACCUCUUACAGGGUGAAAACCCCCUGUGGUUAAAAUGUGUCUUGAAGGACCGUAGAGAUGGGUCCACCUCUUACAGGGUGAAAACCCCCUGUGGUUAAAAUGUGUCUUGAAGGACCGUAGAGAUGGGUCCACCUCUUACAGGGUGAAAACCCCCUGUGGUUAAAAUGUGUCUUGAAGGACCGUAGAGAUGGGUCCACCUCUUACAGGGUGCCUGUGGUUAAAAUGUGUCUUGAAGGACCGUAGAGAUGGGUCCACCUCUUACAGGGUGCCUGUGGUUAAAAUGUGUCUUGAAGGACCGUAGAGAUGGGUCCACCUCUUACAGGAUGCCUGUGGUUAAAAUGCGUCUUGAAGGACCGUAGAGAUGGGUCCACCUCUUACAGGAUGCCUGUGGUUAAAAUGCGUCUUGAAGGACCGUAGAGAUGGGUCCACCUCUUACAGGGUGAAAACCCCCUGUGGUUAAAAUGUGUCUUGAAGGACCGUAGAGAUGGGUCCACCUCUUACAGGAUGCCUGUGGUUAAAAUGCGUCUUGAAGGACCGUAGAGAUGGGUCCACCUCUUACAGGAUGCCUGUGGUUAAAAUGCGUCUUGAAGGACCGUAGAGAUGGGUCCACCUCUUACAGGGUGCCUGUGGUUAAAAUGUGUCUUGAAGGACCGUAGAGAUGGGUCCACCUCUUACAGGGUGCCUUUGGACUCUCUAUCAUUGUGUGUGUUAAGGUGUUAUGUGUUUAAUCCUCUGACAGGCUGUCAUCACCACUCCAGGGAUGAGUCUACCUCACACAGUGCAUGACAUCAUGAACCGCUGGAUCCUUCAGAUGGGCUUCCCAGUGGUUACCAUAGAUACGGCCACGGGACACAUUACCCAGAAGCACUUCCUCCUGGACCCUGACUCUGUAGUGGACAGACCCUCUCCAUACAAGUUACUAUUCUUCUUGAUCUCAGUUCUGUGAUGCUGUUUUACCGUAGACCAGGGUGGCAGGUAGCCUAGUGGUUAGUACUGCCUGGGGUUAAGGAAGGGUUAGUACAGCCUGGGGUUAAGGAAGGGUUAGUACAGCCUGGGGUUAAGGAAGGGUUAGUACAGCCUGGGGUUAAGGAAGGGUUAGUACAGCCUGGGGUUAAGGAAGGGUUAGUACAGCCUGGGGUGAGGGAAGGGUUAGUACAGCCUGGGGUUAAGGAAGGGUUAGUACAGCCUGGGGUUAAGGAAGGGUUAGUACAGCCUGGGGUUAAGGAAGGGUUAGUACAGCCUGGGGUGAGGGAAGGGUUAGUACAGCCUGGGGUUAAGGAAGGGUUAGUACAGCCUGGGGUUAAGGAAGGGUUAGUACAGCCUGGGGUUAAGGAAGGGUUAGUACAGCCUGGGGUUAAGGAAGGGUUAGUACAGCCUGGGGUUAAGGAAGGGUUAGUACAGCCUGGGGUGAGGGAAGGGUUAGUACAGCCUGGGGUUAAGGAAGGGUUAGUACAGCCUGGGGUUAAGGAAGGGUUAGUACAGCCUGGGGUUAAGGAAGGGUUAGUACAGCCUGGGGUUAAGGAAGGGUUAGUACAGCCUGGGGUUAAGGAAGGGUUAGUACAGCCUGGGGUUAAGGAAGGGUUAGUACAGCCUGGGGUUAAGGAAGGGUUAGGACAGCCUGGGGUUAAGGAAGGGUUAGUAUAGCCUGGGGUGAGGGAAUGGUUAGUACAGCCUGGGGUUAAGGAAGGGUUAGUACAGCCUGGGGUUAAGGAAGGGUUAGUACAGCCUUGGGUUAAGGAAGGGUUAGUACAGCCUGGGGUUACGGAAGGGUUAAUAUAGCCUGGGUGUCCAACAAUAAGGUCAUGAUGAUAAACCCCAAAAUAAUGUUGAAUUCAGUCACCUGACCAUCCUGUUCUAUGCUUGUUUAGUUACACCUGGUUGGUCCCCAUCAAAUGGAUGAAGGGAGGAGUGGAGAGAGAGCAACACUGGCUUCUUCAGAAAACAGGUACUUCUAAUGAAGACCUGCAUGGGUGUCAGUGGAAGAUGGACCUGGACUAUUGAAUAGGUCCAGGUCCAUAUCAUGUUAUUGUACAUCAGUACAGUGUGGUCUGUGUUCAAUCCUAACCUGAGACCAGUGUUGCAAAAUUCUGGUAACUUUCUUAAAAAUCCCCUGUUUUCCAGAAAUCCUGGUUGGAAGAUUCAUGGAAUUUCUAGGGAAUAACCAGGAAAUCCAGGAAUCCUCUAACCAGGAUUUUCUGGAAAACCAGUGAAUUUAGUGAAAGCUGGCGGAAUGUUGCAAGCCUAGCUGAGGCCAGUGUGUUUUGGUUCUCCCCCAGACAGACACCUCCCCAUGAGAACAGCAGGAUCUGACUGGCUUCUGGCCAACCUCAACGUGUCUGGCUACUACAGGGUUAACUACGACAUGGACAACUGGGAACGCCUCCUCAACCAGCUCACCACAGACCACACAGUCAGCAGAUGUUAUUAUUCCACUGUUAUUGUGGAUAUUACCUAUCACAAUACGAUUCCAUAUGACGCAACAUAACAUCACAACUUCUGUGUGCAGGUCAUACCUUUAAUCAACAGAGCUCAGAUAGUGGACGAUGCCUUCAAUCUGGCCAGGUAAAGCUCUUUCUAAGUUGAGCUAAUGUCCCACACGUUCUGUAUUUCCUGGGUGAACUUUGUGGAAGCUGGAAGCUGAUGUAGUUGAGCUGGCAUGAUGUAGUUGAGCUGGCAUGAUGUAGUUGAGUUGGCAUGAUGUAGUUGAGCUGUGUGUCAUGAUGUAGUUGAGCUGUGUGGCAUGAUGUAGUUGAGCUGGCAUGAUGUAGUUGAGCUGUGUGACAUGAUGUAGUUGAUCUGGCAUGAUGUAGUUGAGCUGUGUGGCAUGAUGUAGUUGAGCUGGCAUGAUGUAGUUGAGCUGUGUGUCAUGAUGUAGUUGAGCUGUGUGGCAUGAUGUAGUUGAGCUGUGUGACAUGAUGUAGUUGAGCUGGCAUGAUGUAGUUGAGUUGGCAUGAUGUAGUUGAGCUGGCUUGAUGUAGUUGAGCUGGCAUGAUGUAGUUGAGCUGGCAUGAUGUAGUUGAGCUGUGUGACAUGAUGUAGUUGAGCUGUGUGGCAUGAUGUAGUUGAGCUGGCAUGAUGUAGUUGAGCUGUGUGACAUGAUGUAGUUGAGCUGGCAUGAUGUAGUUGAGCUGUGUGGCAUGAUGUAGUUGAGCUGUGUGGCAUGAUGUAGUUGAGCUGGCAUGAUGUAGUUGAGCGGCAUGAUGUAGUUGAGCUGUGUGGCAUGAUGUAGUUGAGCUGGCAUGAUGUAGUUGAGCUGGCAUGAUGUAGUUGAGCUGUGUGACAUGAUGUAGUUGAGCUGUGUGACAUGAUGUAGUUGAGCUGUGUGGCAUGAUGUAGUUGAGCUGUGUGGCAUGAUGUAGUUGAGCUGGCAUGAUGUAGUUGAGCUGUGUGGCAUGAUGUAGUUGAGCUGUGUGACAUGAUGUAGUUGAGCUGUGUGGCAUGAUGUAGUUGAGCUGUGUGGCAUGAUGUAGUUGAGCUGUGUGACAUGAUGUAGUUGAGCUGUGUGACAUGAUGUAGUUGAGCUGUGUGGCAUGAUGUAGUUGAGCUGUGUGGCAUGAUGUAGUUGAGCUGGCAUGAUGUAGUUGAGCUGUGUGGCAUGAUGUAGUUGAGCUGUGUGGCAUGAUGUAGUUGAGCUGGCAUGAUGUAGUUGAGCUGUGUGGCAUGAUGUAGUUGAGCUGUGUGGCAUGAUGUAGUUGAGCUGUGUGGCAUGAUGUAGUUGAGCUGUGUGGCAUGAUGUAGUUGAGCUGUGUGACAUGAUGUAGUUGAGCUGUGUGGCAUGAUGUAGUUGAGCUGGCAUGAUGUAGUUGAGCUGUGUGACAUGAUGUAGUUGAGCUGUGUGACAUGAUGUAGUUGAGCUGUGUGGCAUGAUGUAGUUGAGCUGUGUGACAUGAUGUAGUUGAGCUGUGUGACAUGAUGUAGUUGAGCUGUGUGGCAUGAUGUAGUUGAGCUGUGUGACAUGAUGUAGUUGAGCUGGCAUGAUGUAGUUGAGCUGUGUGACAUGAUGUAGUUGAGCUGGCAUGAUGUAGUUGAGCUGUGUGGCAUGAUGUAGUUGAGCUGGCAUGAUGUAGUUGAGCUGUGUGGCAUGAUGUAGUUGAGCUGGCAUGAUGUAGUUGAGUUGGCAUGAUGUAGUUGAGCUGGCAUGAUGUAGUUGAGCUGUGUGGCAUGAUGUAGUUGAGCUGUGUGACAUGAUGUAAUUGAGCUGUGUGGCUUGAUGUAGUUGAGCUGUGUGGCAUGAUGUAGUUGAGCUGUGUGACAUGAUGUAGUUGAGCUGGCAUGAUGUAGUUGAGCUGGCAUGAUGUAGUUGAGCUGGCAUGAUGUAGUUGAGCUGUGUGACAUGAUGUAGUUGAGCUGUGUGACAUGAUGUAGUUGAGCUGUGUGACAUGAUGUAGUUGAGCUGUGUGACAUGAUGUAGUUGAGCUGGCAUGAUGUAGUUGAGCUGGCAUGAUGUAGUUGAGCUGUGUGACAUGAUGUAGUUGAGCUGUGUGACAUGAUGUAGUUGAGCUGUGUGACAUGAUGUAGUUGAGCUGUGUGGCAUGAUGUAGUUGAGCUGUGUGGCAUGAUGUAGUUGAGCUGGCAUGAUGUAGUUGAGCUGUGUGGCAUGAUGUAGUUGAGCUGUGUGGCAUGAUGUAGUUGAGCUGUGUGGCAUGAUGUAGUUGAGCUGUGUGACAUGAUGUAGUUGAGCUGGCAUGAUGUAGUUGAGCUGUGUGGCAUGAUGUAGUUGAGCUGUGUGACAUGAUGUAGUUGUGAUGUCAUGUUGUGUGUUUCCAGGGCCAAGGUGAUCAACACCACAUUAGCUCUGAGGACCACCAGGUAACUAGAAUAAUAUAUUCUACUAUACAGAUUAUAAUAUAUUCUACUAUACAGAUUAUAAUAUAUUCUACUAUACAGAUUAUAAUAUAUUCUACUAUACAGAUUAUAAUAUAUUCUACUAUACAGAUUAUAAUAUAUUCUACUAUACAGAUUAUAAUAUAUUCUACUAUACAGAUUAUAUGUUACCAAGUACCUUUCUCAGGAGAGAGACUACAUCCCCUGGUAGUCAGCUCUUAUAUUAUAUAUGAUAUAUUACCAGGUACCUGUCUCAGGAGAGAGACUACAUCCCCUGGGAGUCAGCACUCAGGAAUCUCAACUACUACAUCCUCAUGUUCGACCGUGGACAGGCAUACGGGGUGCUACAGGUGGGUUCUUAUUAUAAUAUAAUAUAUCAGGCAUACGGGGUGCUACAGGUGGGUUCUUAUUAUAAUAUAAUAUAUCAGGCAUACAGGGUGCUACAGGUGGGUUCUUAUUAUAAUAUAAUAUAUCAGGCAUACGGGGUGCUACAGGUGGGUUCUUAUUAUAAUAUAAUAUAUCAGGCAUACAGGGUGCUACAGGUGGGUUCUUAUUAUAAUAUAAUAUAUCAGGCAUACGGGGUGCUACAGGUGGGUUCUUAUUAUAAUAUAAUAUAUCAGGCAUACGGGGUGCUACAGGUGGGUUCUUACUAUAAUAUAAUAUAUCAGGCAUACGGGGUGCUACAGGUGGGUUCUUAUUAUAAUAUAAUAUAUCAGGCAUACGGGGUGCUACAGGUGGGUUCUUAUUAUAAUAUAAUAUAUCAGGCAUACGGGGUGCUACAGGUGGGUUCUUAUUAUAAUAUAAUAUAUCAGGCAUACGGGGUGCUACAGGUGGGUUCUUAUUAUAAUAUAAUAUAUCAGGCAUCCGGGGUGCUACAGGUGGGUUCUUAUUAUAAUAUAAUAUAUCAGGCAUCCGGGGUGCUACAGGUGGGUUCUUAUUAUAAUAUAAUAUAUCAGGCAUACGGGGUGCUACAGGUGGGUUCUUAUUAUAAUAUAAUAUAUCAGGCAUCCGGGGUGCUACAGGUGGGUUCUUAUUAUAAUAUAAUAUAUCAGGCAUCCGGGGUGCUACAGGUGGGUUCUUAUUAUAAUAUAAUAUAUCAGGCAUACGGGGUGCUACAGGUGGGUUCUUAUUAUAAUAUAAUAUAUCAGGCAUACGGGGUGCUACAGGUGGGUUCUUAUUAUAAUAUAAUAUAUCAGGCAUACGGGGUGCUACAGGUGGGUUCUUAUUAUAAUAUAAUAUAUCAGGCAUACGGGGUGCUACAGGUGGGUUCUUAUUAUAAUAUAAUAUAUCAGGCAUCCGGGGUGCUACAGGUGGGUUCUUAUUAUAAUAUAAUAUAUCAGGCAUACAGGGUGCUACAGGUGGGUUCUUAUUAUAAUAUAAUAUAUCAGGCAUCCGGGGUGCUACAGGUGGGUUCUUAUUAUAAUAUAAUAUAUCAGGCAUACGGGGUGCUACAGGUGGGUUCUUAUUAUAAUAUAAUAUAUCAGGCAUACGGGGUGCUACAGGUGGGUUCUUAUUAUAAUAUAAUAUAUCAGGCAUCCGGGGUGCUACAGGUGGGUUCUUACUAUAAUAUAAUAUAUCAGGCAUACGGGGUGCUACAGGUGGGUUCUUAUUAUAAUAUAUCAGGCAUACGGGGUGCUACAGGUGGGUUCUUACUAUAAUAUAAUAUAUCAUAUAUUGUGUCUGUUAUAUAACAUACUGUACUGGGAUCUGUUUGUCUCUUAGGCUUACCUGAAGAUGAAGAUCACCCCCCUGUUUGAGCACUUCAGGACGAUCACGGAUGAUUGGACCAGAGUCCCCACCGGACACAACGACCAGUAACAACACUGCUUUUCAAAUGAAAUGUUAUUUUAAACCAAUUAAGAUACAUCAUUUUAUUUCUAAAUAUAUAUUUAUGUUGCUUUUCUUACAACAGUAUAUAAACUUUAUUGGUCUGUUUUCAAAAGUAGUGCACUACAUAGGGAAUAGUGUGCUAUUUAGGAUGAACUAGAUAUGAUCAUAAUGUGUUGUGGGCCAUUCCACAGCCCUGUCCCUCUUGUCCCCUAUCUCUCAGGUACAACCAGAUCAACGCCAUAUCCUUUGCUUGCCGCAUGGGAGUGGAGCGCUGCAGGGCUCUCACCAGCGCCUGGUUCAGAGAGUGGAUGCUGAACCCAGACCACAACCCGUGAGUACGAAGCACAAUUAUUUGGGUUGCAAAAUUCCGGGAAUUUUCCCAAAAUUCCUCGGUUUUCCAGAAAUCCCAGUUGGAAGAUUCCUGGUAUCAGGAGGGAACAAGCAGGAAAACCGGGAAUCCUUCAACGGGGAAAUGAAUACCAGAAGUUUGCGACCCUAAGAAUGAUGUAUAUAGUUAAGGUGAUUGUUUUCCUUCUCUUAUUGAUGCUAACUUUGUGUUUAUUGAACUCUUUAUUGACAGGAUUCACCCCAACCUGAAGACGACAGUGUACUGUAACGCUAUCGCAGCAGGAGGGGUGGAGGAAUGGGACUUCGCCUGGAGGAUGUUCAAGAACGCCACAGUAGCCACAGAGGCUGCCAAGCUGAGGUCAGCCCUGGCCUGCACUAAGGUCCCCUGGCUGCUGAACAGGUAGCUAACCCUGGCCUGCACUAAGGUCCCCUGGCUGCUGAACAGGUAGCUAACCCUGGCCUGCACUAAGGUCCCCUGGCUGCUGAACAGGUAGCUAACCCUGGCCUGCACUAAGGUCCCCUGGCUGCUGAACAGGUAGCUAACCCUGGCCUGCACUAAGGUCCCCUGGCUGCUGAACAGGGAGCUAACCCUGGCCUGCACUAAGGUCCCCUGGCUGCUGAACAGGUAGCUAACCCUGGCCUGCACUAAGGUCCCCUGGCUGCUGAACAGGUAGGCACAAUCUGAUCCUCAACAGGAGCUAACCCUGGCCUGCACUAAGGUCCCCUGGCUGCUGAACAGGUAGCUAACCCUGGCCUGCACUAAGGUCCCCUGGCUGCUGAACAGGGAGCUAACCCUGGCCUGCACUAAGGUCCCCUGGCUGCUGAACAGGGAGCUAACCCUGGCCUGUACUAAGGUCCCCUGGCUGCUGAACAGGGAGCUAACCCUGGCCUGCACUAAGGUCCCCUGGCUGCUGAACAGGUAGCUAACCCUGGCCUGCACUAAGGUCCCCUGGCUGCUGAACAGGGAGCUAACCCUGGCCUGCACUAAGGUCCCCUGGCUGCUGAACAGGUAGCUAACCCUGGCCUGCACUAAGGUCCCCUGGCUGCUGAACAGGGAGCUAACCCUGGCCUGCACUAAGGUCCCCUGGCUGCUGAACAGGGAGCUAACCCUGGCCUGCACUAAGGUCCCCUGGCUGCUGAACAGGUAGCUAACCCUGGCCUGCACUAAGGUCCCCUGGCUGCUGAACAGGUAGCUAACCCUGGCCUGCACUAAGGUCCCCUGGCUGCUGAACAGGUAGCUAACCCUGGCCUGCACUAAGGUCCCCUGGCUGCUGAACAGGGAGCUAACCCUGGCCUGUACUAAGGUCCCCUGGCUGCUGAACAGGUAGCUAACCCUGGCCUGCACUAAGGUCCCCUGGCUGCUGAACAGGUAGCUAACCCUGGCCUGCACUAAGGUCCCCUGGCUGCUGAACAGGUAGCUAACCCUGGCCUGCACUAAGGUCCCCUGGCUGCUGAACAGGUAGCUAACCCUGGCCUGCACUAAGGUCCCCUGGCUGCUGAACAGGUAGGCACAAUCUGAUCCUCAACAGGAGCUAACACACAGAAUCAGUUCAUCUUGUGGUUUGUUGAAGAAAAGGACUGGUUUAUCAUCACUUAAGUUGGAGUGAUGAUAGACCUUUAUCCUGUUAAACUCUGAACGCUUGUUUUGGACCUGGCACCGGGUCCCCCAAAUUAUUUUUUCUUGUCUGAAAAUAGAAAGCUACAGCCCUUGUCUUUUUGGAAAUCGGACUAAAAUCUUACUGCUUACACUGCUAGGGUCAUUUCAGAUGUCAAGGUGAUUGCUAGGGUCAUUUCAGAUGUCAGGCUGAUUGCUAGGGUCAUUUCCAGAUGUCAGGCUGAUUGUUAGGGUCAUUUCCAGAUGUCAGGCUGAUUGCUAGGGUCAUUUCCAGAUGUCAGGCUGAUUGUUAGGGUCAUUUCCAGAUGUCAGGCUGAUUGCUAGGGUCAUUUCCAGAUGUCAGGCUGAUUGUUAGGGUCAUUUCCAGAUGUCAGGCUGAUUGUUAGGGUCAUUUCCAGAUGUCAGGCUGAUUGCUAGGGUCAUUUCCAGAUGUCAGGCUGAUUGCUAGGGUCAUUUCCAGAUGUCAGGCUGAUUGUUAGGGUCAUUGUUAGGGUCAUUUCCAGAUGUCAGGCUGAUUGUUAGGGUCAUUUCCAGAUGUCAGGCUGAUUGCUAGGGUCAUUUCCAGAUGUCAGGCUGAUUGCUAGGGUCAUUUCCAGAUGUCAGGCUGAUUGCUAGGGUCAUUUCCAGAUGUCAGGCUGAUUGUUAGGGUCAUUGUUAGGGUCAUUUCCAGAUGUCAGGCUGAUUGUUAGGGUCAUUUCCAGAUGUCAGGCUGAUUGCUAGGGUCAUUUCCAGAUGUCAGGCUGAUUGCUAGGGUCAUUUCCAGAUGUCAGGCUGAUUGCUAGGGUCAUUUCCAGAUGUCAGGCUGAUUGUUAGGGUCAUUGUUAGGGUCAUUUCCAGAUGUCAGGCUGAUUGUUAGGGUCAUUUCCAGAUGUCAGGCUGAUUGUUAGGGUCAUUGUUAGGGUCAUUUCCAGAUGUCAGGCUGAUUGCUAGGGUCAUUUCCAGAUGUCAGGCUGAUUGUUAGGGUCAUUUCCAGAUGUCAGGCUGAUUGCUAGGGUCAUUUCCAGAUGUCAGGCUGAUUGCUAGGGUCAUUUCCAGAUGUCAGGCUGAUUGUUAGGGUCAUUUCCAGAUGUCAGGCUGAUUGCUAGGGUCAUUUCCAGAUGUCAGGCUGAUUGCUAGGGUCAUUUUAAGAUGUCAGGCUGAUUGUGCCAUUUUGGCACAGUUACUCACUCACUUCCCAAAACAGAUGCAACUGGUUUCAAGUGGCCAAGACACGUCAUGUGAUCUCCUACUGCAAUCUAGUGGACAAAUUGUGAAUCAGGCAGGGGAUAUAUUUACACCAAUGGAUAGAUAGAGGCUUCAGCUUUCUCCUCAUAUGUGCCUUCAGAAAGUAUUCAGACCCCUUGACUUAUUCCACAUUUUGUUGUUACAGCCAGAAUUCAAAAUGGAUUAAAUAAUUUGUUUCUCACCCAUGUACGACUGGCGGCAGGUAGCUUAGUGGUUAAGAGCAUUGUGCCAGUAACCGAAAGGUCGCUGGUUCUAAUCCCCGAGCCGACUAGGUGAAAAAUCUGUCGAUGUGCCCUUGAGCAAGGCACUUAACCCUAAUUGCUCCUGUAAGUCGCUCUGGAUAAGAGCGUCUGCUAAAUGACUAAAAUGUAAAUGUACACACAAUACCCCAUAAUGACAAAGUGAAAACAUGUUUUUAGAAAUGUUUGCACAUUUAUUGAAAAUGAAAUACAGAAAUAUCUAAUUUACAUAAGUAUUCACACCCCUGAGUCAAUACAUGCUAGAAUCACCUUUGGCAGUGAUUACAGCUGUGUGUCUUUCUGGGUAAGUCUCUAAGAGCUUUCCACACCUGGAUUGUGCAAUAUUUGCCCGUUAUUCUUUUCAAAAUUCUUCAAGCUCUGUCAAAUUGGUUGUUGAUCAUUGCUAGACAGCCAUUUUCAGGUCUUGCCAUAGAUUUUCAAGUAGAUUUAAGUCUAAAACUCGGCCACUCAGGAACAUUCACUGUCUUCUUGGUAAGCAACCCCAGUGUGUAUUUGGCCUUGAAUUCAUUUCCCAGUAUCUGUUGGAAAGCAGACUGAACCAGAUUUUCCUCUAGGAAUUUUCCUGUGUUUAGCUCCAUUCCGUUUCUUUUUUAUCCUGAAAAACUCCCCAGUCCUUAACGAUAACAACCAAUACCCAUAACACGAUGCAGCCACCACUAUGCUUUAAAAUAUGGAGAGUUGUACUCAGUAAUGUGUUGUGUUGGAGUUGCCCCAAACAUAAUACUUUGUAUUCAGGACAAAAAGUGAAUUGCUUUGCCACAUUUUUUGCAGUAUUACUUUAAUGCCUUGUUGAAAACAGGAUGCAGGUUUUGGAAUAUUUUUAUUCUGUACAGGCUUCCUUCUUUUCACUCUGUCAAUUAGGUUAGUAUUGUGGAGAAACUACAAUGUUGUUGAUCCAUCCUCCGUUUUCUCCUAUCACAGCCAUUAAACUCUGUAACUGUUUUAAAGUCACAAUUGGCCUCAUGAUGAAAUCCCUCAGUGGUUUCCUUCCUCUCUGGCAAUUGAGUUAGGAAGGACGCCUAUAUCUAUGUAACGACUAGGUGUAUUGAUACACCAUCCAAAGUGUAAUUAAUAACAUCAAGGGAUAUUCAAUGUCUUUUUUUCUUUUUUUUUUCCAUCUACCAAUCGGUGCCCUUCUUUGUGAGGCAUUGGAAAACCUCCCUGGUCUUUAUGGUUGAAUCUGUGUUUGAAAUUCACUGCUCGACUGAGGGACCUUACAGAUAAUUGUAUGUGUGGGGUACAGAGAUGAGGUAGUCAUUCAAAAAUCAUGUUAAAUGCUAUUAUUGCACACAGAGUGAGUCCAUGCAACUUAUUAUGUGACUAGUUAAGCUAAUUCUUACUCCUGAACUUAUUUAGGCUUACCAUAACAAAGGGGUUGAAUACUUAUUGACUCAAGACAUUUCAGCUUUUCAUUUGUAAUUAAUUGUGAAAAAUUUUGAAAAACAUAAUUCAACUUUGACAUUAUGGGAUAUUGUGUGUAGGCCAGUGUAAUCAACUUUAAAUUCAGUCUGUAACACAACAAAAUGUGGAAAAAGUCAAGGGGUGUGAAUACUUUCUGAAGGCGCUGUAUAUCAUUCCUGUAUGUGAACAAUUAUUCCUGUAAAAUGAAAAAUUACAUUGCACAAGCCCUGCGCUUUUAAAAUGGCCGUGUUGCUAUGGGAAUUAGGGCAUGUUUAGAGCACCAUGAUUAGGUAAAAGAUCUGAUUUAGGUCAAAUCCCAAAUCCCUUUUUUUUUGUUGAUACUACAGGUAUCUGGAUUAUUCCCUGGAUCCAGCUAAGAUCCGUAAGCAGGACAGCACCUCCACCAUCGGCUACAUCGCUGGGAACGUGGUGGGGACGCCCCUGGCCUGGGACUUCAUCAGGGCUCGGUGGAACUACAUCUAUACAGAGUAAGUCUUCAGGGCUCGGUGGAACUACAUCUAUACAGAGUAAGUCUUCAGGGCUCGGUGGAACUACAUCUAUACAGAGUAAGUCUUCAGGGCCCGGUGGAACUACAUCUAUACAGAGUAAGUCUUCAGGGCUCGGUGGAACUACAUCUAUACAGAGUAAGUCUUCAGGGCUCGGUGGAACUACAUCUACACAGAGUAAGUCUUCAGGGCUCGGUGGAACUACAUCUACACAGAGUAAGUCAUCAGGGCUCGGUGGAACUACAUCUAUACAGAGUAAGUCUUCAGGGCUCGGUGGAACUACAUCUAUACAGAGUAAGUCUUCAGGGCUCGGUGGAACUACAUCUAUACAGAGUAAGUCUUCAGGGCUCGGUGGAACUACAUCUAUACAGAGUAAGUCAUCAGGGCUCGGUGGAACUACAUCUACACAGAGUAAGUCUUCAGGGCUCGGUGGAACUACAUCUAUACAGAGUAAGUCUUCAGGGCUCGGUGGAACUACAUCUAUACAGAGUAAGUCUUCAGGGCUCGGUGGAACUACAUCUAUACAGAGUAAGUCUUCAGGGCUCGGUGGAACUACAUCUAUACAGAGUAAGUCUUCAGGGCCCGGUGGAACUACAUCUAUACAGAGUAAGUCUUCAGGGCUCGGUGGAACUACAUCUAUACAGAGUAAGUCUUCAGGGCUCGGUGGAACUACAUCUACACAGAGUAAGUCUUCAGGGCUCGGUGGAACUACAUCUACACAGAGUAAGUCAUCAGGGCUCGGUGGAACUACAUCUAUACAGAGUAAGUCUUCAGGGCUCGGUGGAACUACAUCUAUACAGAGUAAGUCUUCAGGGCUCGGUGGAACUACAUCUAUACAGAGUAAGUCUUCAGGGCUCGGUGGAACUACAUCUAUACAGAGUAAGUCAUCAGGGCUCGGUGGAACUACAUCUACACAGAGUAAGUCUUCAGGGCUCGGUGGAACUACAUCUAUACAGAGUAAGUCUUCAGGGCUCGGUGGAACUACAUCUAUACAGAGUAAGUCUUCAGGGCUCGGUGGAACUACAUCUAUACAGAGUAAGUCUUCAGGGCUCGGUGGAACUACAUCUAUACAGAGUAAGUCUUCAGGGCUCGGUGGAACUACAUCUAUACAGAGUAAGUCUUCAGGGCUCGGUGGAACUACAUCUAUACAGAGUAAGUCUUCAGGGCUCGGUGGAACUACAUCUAUACAGAGUAAGUCUUCAGGGCUCGGUGGAACUAGAGUUGAAGUCGGAAGUUUACAUACACUUAGGAGUCAUUAAAAAUCGUUUUUCAACCAUUCCACAAAUUUCUUGUUAACAAACUAUAGUUUUGGCAAGUCAGUUAGGACAUCUACUUUGUGAAUGACACAAGUAAAUAAGGAUAUAUUGAAGCAACAUCUCAAGACAUCAGUCAGGAAGUUAAAGCUUGGUAGCAAAUGGGUCUUCCAAAUGGACAAUGACCCCAAGCAUACUUCCAAAGUUGUGGCAAAAUGGCUUAAGGACAACAAAGUCAAGGUAUUGGAGUGGCCAUCACAAAGCCCUGACCUCAAUCCUGUAGAAAAUUCAUCCACACCUCUACAGUACAUCUCUUAACUAGGUGGAAAUACAUAUUUACAGUGUAAGUCAUCGGGGUUAUUUUGAACUACAUAUUUACAGUGUAAGUCAUCAGGGUUAUUUUGAACUACAUAUUUACAGUGUAAGUCAUCAGGGUUAUUUUGAACUACAUAUUUACAGUGUAAGUCAUCAGGGUUAUUUUGAACUACAUAUUUACAGUGUAAGUCAUCAGGGUUAUUUUGAACUACAUAUUUACAGUGUAAGUCAUCAGGGUUAUUUUGAACUACAUAUUUACAGUGUAAGUCUAGAUGGGGCUAUUGGACAUCAUGUAACUUCCUGUGAAUAUGUUUCAUUCACUAAGUAAUGAUAAUAAUAAUGUAUCUCUGUAUCCCUCUCUAUCUUGUAGAUAUGGUGGAGGAUCCUUCUCAUUUUCUAACCUCCUCAACGGUGUGACCAGGAGAUUCUCUACUGAGUUUGAGCUGAAGCAGGUUGGUACUGUGGCCUUGAGCUGAAGCAGGGCUGCCCAACCCUGUUCCUGGAGCGCUAACCUCCUGCAAGUUUUCACCCUAACCCUGUUCCUGGAGCGCUAACCUCCUGCAAGUUUUCACCCUAACCCUGUUCCUGGAGCGCUAACCUCCUGCAAGUUUUCACCCUAACCCUGUUCCUGGAGCGCUAACCUCCUGCAAGUUUUCACCCUAACCCUGUUCCUGGAGCGCUAACCUCCUGCAAGUUUUCACCCUAACCCUGUUCCUGGAGUGCUAACCUCCUGCAAGUGUUCACCCUAACCCUGUUCCUGGAGCGCUAACCUCCUACAAGUUUUCACCCUAACCCUGUUCCUGGAGCGCUAACCUCCUGCAAGUUUUCACCCUAACCCUGUUACUGGAGCGCUAACCUCCUGCAAGUUUUCUCCCUAACCCUGUUCCUGGAGCGCUACCAACCUCCUGCAAGUUUUCACCCUAACCCUGUUCCUGGAGCGCUAACCUCCAGCAAGUUUUCACCCUAACCCUGUUCCUGGAGCGCUAACCUCCUGCAAGUUUUCACCCUAACCCUGUUCCUGGAGCGCUAACCUCCUGCAAGUUUUCACCCUAACCCUGUUCCUGGAGCGCUAACCUCCUGCAAGUUUUCACCCCAACCCUGUUCCUGGAGCUCUAACCUCCUGCAAGUUUUCACCCCAACCCUGUUCCUGGAGCGCUAACCUCCUGCAAGUUUUCACCCCAACCCUGUUCCUGGAGCUCUAACCUCCUGCAAGUUUUCACCCCAACCCUGUUCCUGGAGCUCUAACCUCCUGCAAGUUUUCACCCCAACCCUGUUCCUGGAGCUCUAACCUCCUGCAAGUUUUCACCCCAACCCUGUUCCUGGAGCUCUAACCUCCUGCAAGUUUUCACCCCAACCCUGUUCCUGGAGCUCUAACCUCCUGCAAGUUUUCACCCCAACCCUGUUCCUGGAGCGCUACCAACCUGUAGAUGUUCACUCCAAUCCAAGUUGUAACUAACCUGAUUCAGCUUAUCAACCAGCUAAUUAUUAGAGUGAAAACCUACAUGACGGUAGCUGUCCAGGAACAGGGUUGGGGUGAAAACCUACAUGACGGUAGCUGUCCAGGAACAGGGUUGGGGUGAAAACCUACAUGACGGUAGCUGUCCAGGAACAGGGUUGGAGUUAAAACCUACAGGACGGUAGCUGUCCAGGAACAGGGUUGGGGUGAAAACCUACAGGACGGUAGCUGUCCAGGAACAGGGUUGGAGUUAAAACCUACAUGACGGUAGCUGUCCAGGAACAGGGUUGGGGUGAAAACCUACAGGACGGUAGCUGUCCAGGAACAGGGUUGGAGUUAAAACCUACAGGACGGUAGCUGUCCAGGAACAGGGUUGGGGUGAAAACCUACAUGACGGUAGCUGUCCAGGAACAGGGUUGGAGUUAAAACCUACAGGACGGUAGCUGUCCAGGAACAGGGUUGGGGUGAAAACCUACAUGACGGUAGCUGUCCAGGAACAGGGUUGGAGUUAAAACCUACAGGACGGUAGCUGUCCAGGAACAGGGUUGGGGUGAAAACCUACAUGACGGUAGCUGUCCAGGAACAGGGUUGUGCAGCCCUGGGCUGUUUCCUGUCUGUCCCACUGUGUAGAGGUCUGUUAAUAGAGCUGGAUGAUAAUGCUUGGUGUCAAGCCUCAUUUAUACCGUACCCAGCGCUACAACUACAAUUAGCUACGUAGAAUGACGAUCCUGCGUAGCUGCGUACCAAAUAUAUACAGAGGUAUGCAGCUCCGCAAUUACAAACUCACCGCUAGAACGCAGGAUCGUCAUUUUGCUCAGCUUAUACGUACGUAAGGUAUAAAUUAAGCUAGAGGUAUGUAUGUAUGGUUUCAGGGAAACAGAGCUUGUUUUCCUCCGUCUCAAAUGAGUUAGAAAGUGCAACAUUGUUGAGUCAGUAUUCUGAUUUCUACGAUGUUUCUAUAAUUGUAUGGAUUUGUUUUUCAGCUGAAGCAGUUUAAAGAGGACAAUGCCCAUGUAGGGUUUGGCUCCGGGACGCUGGCUCUGGAGCAGGCUAUUGAGAAGACUACGGCCAACAUCAAAUGGGUGGCAGAGAACCAGGAGCAGGUUAUGAACUGGUUCACCAAUGAAUCUACGUGA